GCUAGUCAAGAUGGGCCAAUCACAAUACGUGAUUAACGUUACUGGUGCAGCCAUUUUAUUCAAUAAUUUUAUUAAGACUGUCAAGCUAUAAGUCAAUUUACAUGUCAGGGACCAUGCCUUGGAAUUCACAUUAAUUCCAAUAUAUUGGUUGUAUUGUUUCGAGAAUAAAUGUCUCCAGUAUAAGGAAAAACAUCAAAAGAUUUGAAUGCGACUCAAUGGAGGUUGGACUUUCCGAGCCACCGGGCGCCCCCUGCCCUGGUCAUUCACACGAUCUGUUGUACACAGAUACAGGCGUCUAUCGACAUCGAAGAGCUGAAAUGGUCAGCGGUUUCUGGUGACCGAGAAGCGUCAUAAAGACAGAGCACCUGUUUGUAUGAAUCACGACGUGCCAAACAGAUUAUGUAUGCUGCUGAACCCCGGGAAAACAGAAGAAAUUAAUAUUCACGGGAGUAAGUUUGAUUUGGGUCAUUUCAGAAGAAUGACAGCUCAGAAACAUAAACACGGACUCCUGGUUAUUAAAGAGUUAGAGAAUGUUCUGGACACAUGUAAACUUGAUCUAACUCCAGUCGACGAGGUCUGGCCGAACCUGUACAUCGGAAAUGUGGCCAUUGCUCAAAAUAGAAAAGCUUUACAAAAAAUGGGCAUCACUCAUGUUUUAAACGCUGCCCAUUCCAAGCAAGGCAGCAUUGGGGACCAGAGUUAUUAUGGAAAUACAAUUGUAUAUUAUGGCAUCCCAGCAGAAGACACUUCAUCAUUUGAUCUUAGUGUCCACUUUAAGCCGGCUUCUGAUUUCAUCCACAAAGCUUUGAGGAAAAAGAAUGGUAAGGUGCUUGUUCAUUGCAUCAUGGGAAUGAGUCGUUCUGCCACACUGGUUCUAGCGUACCUUAUGCUGCGUCAGCGUCUUACUCUCCGCACUGCCAUCCAAACGGUUGUUUUGCGACGUGCAAUCUAUCCUAACAGGAACUUUCUGAGCCUUCUCCUGGAUUUGGACAUUCAGCUUCAGAGAAAGCGAAUGCUGUGUCCUAUUCUCUGACAGAAAAAACAACACAUGUAAUGAACACGAAAGCACAUGCAUUCAUUUUAUAACUAAAGGGUGAAGAGGUAACAAGCAAUGUUUACAUUAUUUAUGAGGUAAAUAUAAAUAUAUAUCUAUAUUUAUAUAGUCUAACCAAAAUGUAUUCAGACAUUUCUCACAUCCUCAACAUUUCUCACAUUAUCACAGUUAAUUCGCCAUUGUUUAGAAAAUGGUUAUAAAAUAUGACAAGAACCAUAAAAUAGACUAUCUCAACAAUGAAUUAAGUUGAGUAGCUGUCAGCUGUUACAUUUAAGUACAGAAAUAGAUAAUACCAAUUUAGGUUAACCAAUUACCAAGCAAUGCUUAAUUUUGUUCAGUAUGUGGUGUAAAAAGGUCACAUUUGCAAUUAAAGAAAAAAAAAACUUUAGCAAAACAUGGUCAGGUCAAAGUGCCAGAUUUUUAUAGAUUUUACUGGUAGUCCACUGUAUGAAGAAUCUUUUUGUAUAAAAUAGCACAGUUUACUUUAUUUUGCUAUACUCACUUACAGAAAUUAACUAUAGUCUUCUGCACCCGCUAAAAAAAUAGAAAAAAUUAUAUCGGGUGUCUGAAUAAUAUUUGGUUUGAUUGCAUAUAUAGUUUCAUAGAAAAAACGUGCCUUUCAGGUUUAGUCUAGGCCAUCUCUACAGUUUUCCAUACAUUUACAGGGUUAUUUUAUAAUAUGCUAUAAUUGAUAUGCUACUAUGCUAUAAACUGUAAUGCGAUAAUUUAGCUAUAAAAACACUUUAAAGUUUUAAAAAUAUUUAACUUGCAUUGACAUAUUAACAUGGAGGAUUUCACUGUACAAUGUGGUGUAACUGAAGAAUUGUGUUGAAGAAUGGUGUUUUUUAUGAAAAUCUGUUUGAUAUAUUCAAGAACCACAGCACACAAGUGCCACAUGCUGCUCACACAGCGAAUAAUAUUUAACAGUGGAGUCAGUAUACGGCAUAGAACACCAAAUUAAGCAGUAUUAAAUGAUUGAAUUGAGGCUCAUUAUUCGGCUGCAGAGAAAACACUCCCUGUGAGCAGUAUUAGCUUUUACGUUGCUUUUGGCAGCCAAAUUUGGAGCACUAUACAGGCCAAGCACAACAUUCUUCUGUUGACUUAAUACUAAAAGCCUUGUUUAAAAUGACUGAGCAGCACUCGCUGAUUUGAUUUUUAGUGCACCUUUUUGUUUUAAUAGCAGAAUAAGGUGUUUCAUUCAGGUCAUUGAUUCACAGAAGUUCCUUUGUUAUCUUGGAGAACAUUUACUGGUGUAUAAACAGUUUUGUCAAAUGCACUGUAUACUUAAAACAUUUCAUUGGACAUGAAACACUAUUGACCAUGAGCAGGAUGAAUAUUGGUCACUGUAUUUUUUGAAAGUAUUACAACUGCACUAGUGGACGGUGCCAAGUAAACUUAAUUUGUAUGUUUAUUGAUUUAAAAAAUAAACAAAUGAGAAAGUGCUUUGUUUUUGCAUGUUAGUUAGGCAAACAUUUCUUGUUUUAUAUGUAAUACAUUUCCAAUCAUUUACCUCACAGUCAUGUUAAGAUAUAUUCAAGUUAUGUGUCAGUUAUUAUAUUGACUAGAUGAUCCUUUCUAGGGUAGGGUAUAACUUUAUUCAUUUAUUCUACUGUACUUUUGCUUAAUUUUUCCGUUGUGCUUCCGACUGCUUCCAGCAGGGUUCAGUG